UCCCUUCGUAGUUUGUAAGUUUCUACCCACGGCUACUUAUUGAGCUUCUUCAACCAUCUUCACUACGCUCACAAGACUAGCUAAUACGGAACUCUUGGUGGAAUAGUAGUAAGAUGUCUGCAGGGAUCAUUGCAGUUUCAGUUGCCGUGUCCGGCCACGCCGGAUUGAAAACUGUUUCGACAAAAAUGUUUUCACCGAAGACAUCCAUUGGAUGGGGUGGGAAAGUGGUUUCAAAUGGAUCCAGAACUCAUUGCAUGAAGACGUGGAAUCCAAUCGAAAACAAGAAGCACGAGACACUGUCAUACUUACCACCUCUCUCAAACGAAUCCAUUGCUAAGGAGAUCGAUUACAUGCUCUCUAAAGGAUGGAUCCCAUGCCUAGAAUUCGAUGAGGUUGGGCAUGUAUAUCGAACAAACAGCCAGAUGCCAGGGUAUUACGAUGGAAGGUAUUGGACAUUGUGGAAGCUACCGAUGUUUGGUUGCACCGAUGCCACUCAAGUUCUGAACGAGAUGCAGGAGUGUAAGAAGACGUAUCCAAAUGCAUAUAUACGUUGCUUGGCUUUUGACAAUCAGAAACAGGUUCAGUGCAUGGCUUUUAUCAUUCAAAAACCCUCCUCUUCUCUUUUACUUAAUUAAGGUUUUCAACGGGCAACAGAAACCAGGUUCAGUGAGAAUGGUUUUUUGUUGUUCAAAAACUUAUUAUCAUCACCAAAACCAUUUUACUGCUAUUUUCAUUUAUUCUCUUGUAUAAUAAGGUGUAGGUGACUUCGUGAU